AUGGAUCUGGAAAGGACUAAGGCAAAUCAGGCCAAAGGUGAGAUUAACAAGAAUUACUUGGAGCAGUCUUUACAUCAACUGAAAUGUCACUUUAACUGGAAUUUAGUUAAGGAAAAAAGUAGCUUAGAAGAUUUAGAAAACAGAAUAAAAUGCCAAGUAAAAUUUUUUGCCUCUGAAUCUAAAGCCACCUUGUAUAAUCUCUUGGCCUAUAUAAAACAUCUCAGGGGUCAGACUGAAGCAGCCCUGGAAUGUCUACAACAAGCAGAAGACUCCAUCCAGCAAGAAAACACCGACCAAGCAGAGAUAAGGCGUGUGGUCACCUGGGGGAACUAUGCCUGGGUCUAUUAUCACAUGGGCAGAUUCCAGGAUGCUCAGGUUUACCUGGACAAGGUGGAAACUAUCUGCAAGAACUUUUUGGUGGAGUGUCCAGAGAUGGACAGUGAGCAAGGGUGGGCACUGCUUAAGUUUAGUAAGAUGCAUUAUGAAAGGGCUAAGGAGUGUUUUGAGAAGGCUCUGAAUGAGAAACCCAACAACCCAGAAUUUACCCUUGGUUUGGCAAUCACACUCUUUCAGCUGGAUGGUGGAAAAUUGACAAAUGCUAUCCCUCUCUUGAGGAAGGCCAUUGAGCUAAAUCCUAACAACCAGUAUGUGAAAGUUAUUCUGGCCUUGGAACUUCAGAGGGUGAAUGAAAAAACAGAAGCAAAAGAGUUAGUUGAAGAGGCCUUGACUCAAACCCCACGUCCAAUAGAAGUACUUUGUAAAGCUGGCAAAUUUUAUCACUAUAUGAAUAACCAGGACACAGCUCUUGAAUUACUUAGAGAAGCUUCUGAAUUGUCACCAGAAAAUGCUUACCUGCAACACCAGCUAGGACACUACUAUUGGGUAAAAGCCAACCAAAUAAAUAAAAGAGGAGCAAAUGAAGCCCACAGAAAUUUUGAAAACAUAGAGGAGCUGAGGAGACGUGCUAUAGCUCACAUGAAGAAAGCUAUCAUGCUCUUUGAGGACCUCACUGAUGCCUACUCAUAUAUUGGUCAAAUGUAUGUCCAGAUAGGAGAGUACGAGGAGGCAGAAAAGUACUUUCAGAGAGCCUUCAGCAAGACACUAACCCCUAAAGAGAAUCAACUGCUACAUCUGCGAUAUGGUAACUUCCAGCAGUAUCAGAGGACAUCUGAAAAAAAUGCCAUCUUCUAUUACUUAGAAGGCUUGAAGAUAAAUGAGGAAUCAAAUAUAAGGGAAAAACUGAAAGGGAAACUCAUAAAAAUAGCUGAGAGGCGAUUUUCCCAAAACCCGGACGAUUCUGUGCACUGGCUUAUCCUAGCUUACAUUCACAGGCUGAAUGGAGAAGAAGAAAAAGCCACUGCAUGCUACAAGAAGGGGAAAGGUGUCCUAUUAGAAAACACAUCUUAUGACUGGAGCACCCUUUUCUCCUAA